UUCGCGAAGCUGUCGAGGCCAUUGUUGCUGCCACUCGGGGCGUCCUAGAGAGCCGCGUAUCUCGGCAGGGCCGCCUGGUUGAGCUGGCCUGCCUCAUCAGCGACCCCGGCGCACAGCAGCAGGCAUUGCAUCCCGACACUCCGUGCUGCACGACUCGCGCGCUCCAGGAUGGUCCGAGCAACGCCUGCUCACCGCUGCUCACUGUCUGGGUCGCACUCCAGACGAUCUCGUCGAAAAUGGGACCCCUCGUCCUGUGUCCGCAGACGCACACGCCAGAGGCGCACGAUGCUCUAGAGCAGAUGCCCGAGGAGAGGCGCGCCUCAGAGUUUGCUGUCAAGCAGCAUGGUGGGCUCGCGGCCGUCUGCGACGUGGGCACAGCCAUUCUUAUGGAUUCUCGGCUUCUGCAUUGUGGAGGCGCAAAUGCUGCCGUUGACGAAGGCCACAGCGGGGACAUCAUCGGCUGGAAAGACCGCGCGGCCAAGGUGGCGCCGCCGCAGCCGCGGCGACCUGGGCAGGAUCUGGGCCCGGCGAGCCCGGCCCGGCUCUCCGCGCCCUCGCCGGGCGGCGAGGCGCAGCAGUGCCUGGGCAGGCGCCACUGCGUGGCGGCGCCGGCGCGCGAGCGGGCGCCGUACGGGCUCGACGUGGACACGGGCGUCGCGGCGCCGAGGCGACCGGCGUCGCGGAAGCCCUUCGGCACGGACCAGGACGACCUGUGGCUGCGCCGGCCCGAGGACGCAGGCACCGACGAGUACCGCGCCACCAUCCGGGCGGCACGGCGCGUCGUGCACUGA